AUGAGGCGGUACGAGAAAAGGCUUCGACACAGGACAAGUCACGGCGUUCAAUGGAGGCGCCGAGUUAUUCUACUGACACUGCUGCUCGCGGCGCUUCUGGUGUUUAACGGGACCUCCGUUGUGCCACUGCAUCGUUUAUUUUCUGGUAACAAAAGGACCAACGGCAUCAGGAUUGCUCCCACGCCGCCGGAGUUACGCAUAGAAGGGCAAGAACAGCUGCACGAGCGGGGUCCAGCGAAUGUGGUGAGGCGUAUUCCGUCAAGCACUCCUUCGGAUUCAGCUCAGGGGGGUUUGCUGAGGCCUCACCGACGCCACAAUCUGGAUGCUCUGUACUCCACCCAAAAUUGUAAACGAAUGCUUGGUGAACCGGAUGCUGCUGUUGAAGAUGAACACGCGAAUACGCCGAUACGAGUGCAGUUUUUUGGACCCCACUGCCGCUCAGGAUUUUAUAGGGGCGGUGAUGUGGAUGAGAACCAACGGCGAUGUGGCGAUAGUGCACAACCCAUUGUCGGACUCAUGCCACAUCUCUCGGCGGCAUCGUUUUUCCCUGAUGAAGUCCUAACGGGUGAGAGAGGCACAGUGGGGCCCAGUAGCCUGCAGAGUAUAGUGGAGGAAGACGAGAAGGAAACGCGCUGGCGCACGGCUUUUAUGGCGUCAUCAUGCUUGCUAUGCCGGCCGCGUGGUAACGAGAGUGUGGGCGAAAAACCAAACUGGGUAUGGAACUCCGGUGCGUUUCUUGUAGACAUCUCAUUACGCACGUUGACUGCGAAAGGUGAGUUGUCAGGUGGGUUGGAUGCAAACUUUUCUUUUAGUGCAGCGUAUCAAAUGCAGUUUUUUGGACUGCCAUCUCAUGCAACAGAAAUCCGCCUACCAGAUAGGAGUAAUUAUAGCCUCUUUAACCAGCUUCAUCUGGGCGAGAUCCGCACAUUGGGUGUAGGUGGGAGUGGAACAGUUCCACUCUUGUACGCAAUUGGGCAAGUUCCACAUCGCGACGGUGCAAACGCGACGGUUGGCUGGAACCGGCGCGCAAUGGGUAUUCUUUGGAUAAACGGCUCUCCAUUGCGGGUGCGUACAUCAGCAGCAGGACGAGGAGGCGGUGUUGGAGGAGCAACGACCCUGUCAUUCACGAGUACAGCUGGUGCCACUCGCGUGUAUCUGCUGCCCGGCCCCACACCUGAGGAUGUUCUUCUGCAGUAUUACACCUUGACAGGGUUUCCGAUGAUGCCGCCGCUUUUUGCGUUGGGCUACCACCACACACAUCGGGGGUACCAGAAGGCAGACGACUUGCUGAAUGUGAGCGCCGCAUUUUUGCAUGCGCAAAUACCACUUGACACGCUUGGCGUGGGUUUAUACCAUGCAAACGGCAAGCGCAUUUUUACUUGGAACCGUACGUGUUUUGCAGAUCCUGUGGGAUUACAGGAUGAACUGUGGCGCCACGGUGGACGAUUUCUUGUUCUUUCCACUGUGCCAUAUGUACCGGUGGAUUCACACUUUUCUCUGUACCUUGAGGGCAGACGACAUGAGUUUUUCGUCACAGAACAUCCGGAGACAGACGUUAUGUUCAUGGGUUAUUCUGAGUCUGGUGCAAGGGUGUGGAUUGACUUUCUUGAUCCACGUGCAAGGCGGUGGUACGGGGGUCUGUUGAAGUACAAGCGCUUCGUCGGUUCCACAAACCACACUUUUUUUGCUUUGGAGGAAAAUGAGCCUUUCGUGGAGGGUGGUGUGAUGAUGACACUUCCACUGAAUGCUGGCCACCGGGGUGCUGUCCCGCACGUGUUUAUUCACAACAUGUACGGCAUGCUGCACGCCAUGGCUGCUUACGGAGGACAACUGCAACGAACGCACUUCUACCGUCGGCCAUUUCUCAUCACACAGUCAUACUUUUCGGGCACGCAAAGGUACGCCGCUGUGCGCCUGGGGCAUAGCACGGCAUCCUGGGAUCAUCUGCGUUUGAGCCUCAUGGCCUGCCUAACGCAUGGCAUUGCAGGUAUUUCUUUUGUUGGCGCUGAUGUUGGAGGGUUUUUCUUUCAGGACAUAGACGAUGAGUUGUUGGUGCGGUGGUACCAACUUGCCGCGUUUUAUCCGCUAUUCCGCACAGAUGCCAGUGAACGCACGCCGUUUCGAGAGGUGUGGCGUUUGGCGCCACAUGUGCGUGCCCGUAUUCGUGACGCCGUGCAGUUUCGUUACGCUCUUUUGCCUUAUUUCUACACACUUUUUUGGAACGCCCACCUACGUGGCGAUUUGAUCCUUCGACCGUUGUUUUUUGUGUAUCCGCAGGAUCCCCUCGUGUACGUCAAGCCGACGCUGCUGAACCAACAGUUUUUUCUUGGUCCAUAUCUUUUUGUGGCCCCUGUGUUAACUCCUCUGAGAUUGGGGAAUGCGACGCACAUUCUGCAGAUGCCGCAGGAGGAUUUAUAUGAUUUUUGGUCGGGCGAGUUGGUGACGGCAGGGAAAACCUUGCUGCUUGCAAAGAACAUUUCGGAUUCUCUCCAAUCUGAGGAGGCGGUCACGCCGCUUUUCCAGCGGGUGGGGACGAUUCUGCCUACGUUUACGCAUGUGAAUCGUAUGCGCAGCACACAUGAUGCGGCGAACUACACUCUGACAGUUACGCUUCCCAGUCUAGAAAUGUUUUUCUCCGGAGGAGGAGGAGGCAGUGGCAGUACAGCGCAGCUUCUUGCGCAGGGUAACUUGUUUGUGGAUGAUGGCAGUAGUUACAUCGACUAUCAUGCGCGCAACACCACUUAUCAUGCCUAUUGUGCCCUUACGUUGGAGUGCGUUCUCUUCCCCAGCGAGGGUGACCUUGUGCUGAGAUGGAGUGCUAGUGCGAACUCGACAUGCAGUGACGUACAUCGCACGCUUCAAAGCACCACGACAGGAGUGGCGGGUGCAGAUUCGUUCCUCUUGACUCGUAUGCGUCUAAUGUUUGCCACGCUUACAGAGAGCGAGCGCGUUAUGCGAGUCGAGUCUCCGGUGAACGGCCAUAACAAGACUUUUGUGGUGAAGCGAAGUGCACGCCCAUUAUUGGAGGUUUCGGGCAUGGGGCUGCCAAUGUUGGUAGGGGAUAGGCACAGCAAUAGUAACGGCAACGGAGCCCCCUCACAAACAUCGGCCGAGGUUCACAUAAAGUUGAACAUGACAAAUGGCGCACGUGGGCCUGGAUUGCUGAGACAGUAA